GUAAAUAUAAUUGAUUCUGUAAUGUUGUAUGACAUAGGUAGGAUUCAGUUAUUGGAUUAACAUGGUAAAAAUAAUGGAAAACAUGUAAUUGAUUCUGUGUAUUGUAUGACAUUGGUAGAAGUAAUGAGGGAUAAAUAAUUAAUUCAGCUUCUUUUAUUAUUUUGGUAAAAGUAAUGGCUUGGGCUAUAUAUAAUUGAUUCGGUGUAUUGUAUGACAUUAGAAGAAGUAAUGACGGAUAAAUAAUUAAUUCAGGUUUUUUUUAUAUAAUAUUGUUAUUUAGUUAUGGGAUAUAUAUCAUUAUAAUUGAUUCUGUGUAUUGGUUGACAUUGGCAGAAUUAAUAGACGUACACAUUGAAUAGAAUCAGAAUAAUGUCUAUAAUAUUUACAACAACAACAUAUUUAGACCUAUCAGUUAUUAUGAUAUCGAAAGCGAAAGCAGAUUUAUGAGAUUUCGGGAAUUAUGUAGAUGAGAUUCUCGUCUACUGCGAGAUUGACAGGAAAACGAAACUGAUCUCUGAUGUGGGUCGCCAUUCGGCGCUCUGUUUAGCAGCAAAAUGACACUCAGAGCGGAUGAAGCGACUCUACAACCAACAUGGCCGACGAAAUACCGUUUCUGUUCUCCGUUUUGAAUGACGUAGGCGCAUGAAAUAUAAUGGAUGUCAAACACAAGCUAGUCCUUAGAAAAAACGAGACGUACCUAAGAGAUAAUCUACAAGUAAACGUUAUACUUCCACGCUUGUAUGAGGAGGGUGUCAUUUCUGAUGAUGACCGAGAGCGAAUCAACGCUGAAGUCACAACACGGAAACAGAUCAGCAAAUUACUCUCAAUUAUUAAACGAAAACCGGACGUCUACAGGAAACUUCUAGGAGUACUGGAAGUAGAAGAUUGCCAAUACAUCAAAGAAAAACUGGAGUCUACUUUCAUAGAUGAAGAAACUCUUAGAAAGGAACAAGAGUCAGAUGAAGAUUUUGUGAAAGAACGGCUUUUGAUCCUUUUCCGAGAGUCAGAAGACGGAAGGGUUAGGUAUACCACGCUGGAAGAUGAUAUACGUCAGGAAAUUUGUUUACAUGGUAAAGAAUUUAGACCAGAGAAAGAUCUACUCAAAAGCAUCGUUCAGAAGACUUUCCCUACGGUCCAAUACAAAACCGUGCGACGUGAGAAACUGGAGUCUAUAUGUAUCUUUACCAAUUUGACAAGGAAAUCAUCAGAUGACGGUGAAACCGAAGCUGGUAUAAUUCCAAGUGAUGAAGAUGAUUACGACUUUGCCGAAGAGUUUGUGAAAGAGAAACUUUUGCAUCUGUUUCAAGAAACUGAAGGAAAGGAGAUAGAGUUUAGUACUUUAGAAACCGUUUUAAAAAGACAGAUUUCCUGCCAUGGGAAAAAGAUCAGAGUGGAGAACAUUCCAAGAAUUGUCCAAAAGACGUUUCCAAAGGUUGUUUACAAAAAAGCAAAGAGAGGAAAGCGGAAGAUACAUGUUUUCAAGAACUUGGCAAAGAAAGAUCACGACAGUGACGAUUCUGAUGAUAAUGGAGGUGCAUUUGCAUUGUCUGACGAGGCAAAUCCAGCAAAUGAGAAGAAUAAACAUCCGCCAGAAACGCAUUUGGACCAAUUAAACGUGACCGAUCUGUGUAAAUUUUUGGAGCCAAAGUUUCUACAAAGUGACAUAAGUCUUCAUGCGUUGGAAAUGUUUGAAAAGAACGAAAUCGGUGGACAUGUGUUUAAACAUUUUGAGAUGGAAGAUUUAUCGGCCAUAACGGAUUUGUCAUACGGACAGAAAAAAUCGAUAUUGAUUUUGAAAGAUAAACUCAUUUCCGAUGAGGAAGCCUCUCAGACCAGCGUCCCGUGUCCAGAUGUAAGUGAUGAAACCAAACCGAUAAUCCGGGAAUCAGUCAGAAAGUUCGAUACAUCUGCUGGUGUGCUAGGAUCGUACAGAAAAGGAGCUAUUCUUUCCGCAGAUGUCCACAGAGUCCAUAAUUUAAUCGAACCAGUUCAUAGGUUCAUCAACUGUCCUGAUGAUGGAGCGCAAAACAUUACAUCUUGGUUGGCUUCUGAGACCAUUACUUUUGCUGCAGCGUGUAUGAAUGACAGAACGAAUGGAACUAUCCAUUUUGGCGUCAAGGGUGUGAAUGACGACAUUCAAAUGAAAGGAGAAAUUGUUGGCGUCUCAGUUGACAAAGACAGGUGCAAUGAAGCAAUUAAAAGGAUUCUGCGAGAAAAGAUGUUCGAAGAUCAAAUGGAAAUGGCAUGGAAGUGCAUUCGACCUCCUGAGUUUAUUCAUGUUGCUGAGUCUGGCAAAAAUCUUGCAUGCGUCGUAGUUGAAGUUGACGUUGUUCCCCAUGCUGCUUUAUUGGAAGAUGAAGCUGUUUUUAUAAGAACAAAUAUAAGAGGUAACAUCAAGCCCACGCUUUAUCGCUUCACAGAGGGCAGUGCCAUACCAGCGAAACAAAACGAGGACCAAAUGCGUCAAUACAUGAAGCUAAAGGGAAGGCUUUACGACCAUCGCAAAAACCAGGAAAAUAAGCCUAAACCUAAAAAAAUUCAACAGGACCUACGGCAAAAAUUUUUGAACGUCUUUUCUUGUGGAGAACCAAAACUAACAGAAGAAACUUACCCUGUUAUUUUUACAGGUCGGUGUGAUGAGAACUCAGCAAAGGAAGUGACUGAAAACUGCUUUGAAUUUGUUCAGCUUUUACAGCCAUAUGCAGUGUUUGAUUUCAAUUCUUCAACUGGACCAGGAUCACUACACUACUAUGUAGAGGAAACAAAAGAGCAAGCACUGAAAAUAGUGACUACAGACAACUUCGAUAAAGAAAGCGAGGAAAAUAAAAAAGACGCCGAAAGACAUGGUCGUCUAAUGGAUGAUCUUCGGAACUCUUACAUGCAAACUUGGGUAUUUGCAAAUGGAUAUGACAGAAUGCGACGAGAAGACAUGAACGCUUUUAAUUGGAAGCAGACAAGAAGCCAGGGCUUCAAAGAAGCUUUGCGAUAUUGUUACAAUGAUAUUCCAACAGGACGAGGAGUCGCAAUUUUUCUGCUGCUUUCAAAAAACUAUGACGUCAUGCUGGAAGCCGCCGAAGACGUCCUCUCAAAAUUCCAUGGACAGUGGAUUUUGCUUGCACCCUCAGACGAUAUAGCUACGAACUGGAUAUCCGAACUGAUUCGCAGAAAUAGUGUUGACAAAACGAUCAUCAACGAGAGAUGUAUCAUAGGAAUGACGUGGAAGCAGAUGAAUACGAUGAUUCGUCAAGUUGUAGGACCGCUCCAAGAUUCUGCUUGCCAAAUACCACUUGCAAAUGGGGGAUUCUGUACGCUGAGAAACAGAGUGAAAAAUGAACUUUGUGACCUAGAUAUUCUAAGUCAACAAGAAUGCGACAAUAGUGACAUAUUGAAAGACAAAGUCAUGAAGCAGAAGCACUACAGAGAUGUACAGGAAACAUUCUAUCAUGGCGGAGAGCCAAGCUGGUUGAACUACUGGUAUAAAGAGGAUCACGUUUGUCGGAGAUCACAACAUGACACAUUGAUGAAAUACGUCAGGUGUGCAUUAAAAGGGGAAAAGAGUGACGAGGAUAAAGUUCCUGUGGUAACACUAAUACAUCAACCUGGAUCUGGAGGCACAACAACGGCCCGACAGAUUUUGUGGGAUUUGCGAAAAGAGUAUCGAUGUUGUGUCGCAAGAAGAAUCACAGAUCAAACAUGUGACCAAAUACUGGAACUGCGAAAUUAUGAAGAGUCCAAUUCUCCUCGUCCUCCACUGGUCUUACUCGAUAAUUGCGACGAAGAGAUUUUGGUUAAUCUGCAAUCCUAUCUGCAAAGAAGGGCAAUAGAGGCAUCGAUCCGUUCCGAGGAACCUAUUGAAACAUUCUGUGUCCUUCUCGUUUGUUCACGUAGAACCAGUCUACCUCGAAAUUACAUAAAAGAUCAAACCGUUCUAAUUCGGCAAGAAUUAGAUGACCAGGAGCUUGAUUGGUUUAAUAGGAAGGCUGGUGUUUUGAAAAACCGAUUCGAGAAAGAUGAAGGCAUCGAUCCAAAGCUGCUCAUAUCUUUCAACAUCCUUAAAGAAAAUUUCAACUUUUCGUACAUCCAAAGUGCUGUGAAGCAGUUCGUUGAUGGUAUUGAGGCACAAGAAGAAAAGGAUUUACUGCUGUUUCUGUCACUGAUAAACACUUUUGAUAUAGAUUUCCAGCCGAUCCCCAUCAGCGCGUUUGAUGCCCUAAUGGAGGUGAAACGGGGUAAAAGCAAAGUACUGAACUUUGGAUUAGCUCUACAGCAUCGUUUUGCGAACAGUGAGAGACAAUGGCAGAAACAAAUCAGUACAGAACUAAUGGUUCUUCUGAACAUAUCUGCAAGAGGCGGUCAAGGAAACAAUCUGAAGGCUUUGUCCAUAGCCAGCCCUUUAUUUGCCAGCGAAAUAUUCAAAUACCUACAGGAAAUAUCACAUAAAAGUAUAAGCUCAAUACUGAUGCAGUUUUUGCAGUCACGAGUAUUCAAUCGGCAGAACAGAUCAGUGGACCAAGUCAUCCGUAUUGUCAACGAUUUAUUGAUGAAACGGGAGAUUUUGGACAAUGGAAAAAAGGAGAAAUUUUCCCGACUUCUGACAGAAGUGCUUCAAAAAGAAGAUACAGAAAAGGCAGUGUCAAUCUUGCAGAAAGGCUUUGAGACAACGGAUGAUCCGAGAAUCAUCCAACAUAUUGCAAGGCUUUACAUACACUGCAAAAACUGGGAAAAAGCGACUGAAUUUGCAAUCAAGGCUACACAAAUCAGACCCAACAACUCCUAUUUUUGGGAUACAUACGGUCAGAUUUUCAAAACUCAGCUGUUUGAAAAAUAUAAAACAUGUAUGUUGACUGACGACGUUUUGUCGGUGAAUGAUACAUGUGACAUCAUCCAGGUUGCGAUGAAAGGUAUCGAAAAGUUCCACAGAGAACAAGUAGAAAGUGAACAUGAUAAGCAUGCUUCACAAAAUGACGCAGGCUAUUUUGGCGAGGUAAGACUAAUAAUUUUGUUGGUCAAAAUAUUGCAAUGUUCCCCUUUCGAAGACAGUAUGCUGCAUUCAUACAUUGUAAACGGGCAAUUCCAGGCUUCAGCGUUUGAACAAAUCAAUCACGAAAGCCGAGAAGUCCUGAAGCGUUUGCAUGGCUACACAGAAACAGCGAUGCGAAAGAUGGAAGAAAAAUCAGCUCAGCUUAAGGGAACCAGUUCAAUAAAUAUAGUCAGAGAUAAGCAUGGCUACCUGGAAGAAUUAGCGGCUUUGCAGGAAAGUGUUGACAACAUUUUUGGCGAGAAGAGUGACGAAGUACCGGCACAUCUUACCCAAAAGGAAACCGCUGAUUUCAGGCGAAGGAGAGUCCGAAGACUUGGAGGAAGAUCACUGACAACACUUUUACGGAUAAGGCGAAAGAUCGGUGACGAUAUGCAACAUUUGGACAUCAUGUUUGAUCACUUAAUGAAGAACGUCUGCUCUUCUUUCUCAGAACCAUUCGACACUAUAAUCUUAAUCAGUGUGGCAAUUGUGAGGAGGAUAAUCUAUCUGAAAGAAAGUGUUACUUCCAAACUUCCUCAGAUUUUAGAACUUUCAAAACGACUGUAUGACGUCGAAUGCAGUUCAAAGAAUGGUUCUGUCUACAUGGAAGUAUUCCUGUUCUUAAUGAUGUUUCAUUGGCCAACUCAGAACAGAAAAGAGAGGGAUCUUUGUCCUAUAGGAACACUACGCGACGCCAUGGGACGAUGGAAAUGUGCCUUUCUGAAGAAGCAUCCACGUCAAAGAGAUGACAGAAAUCCACAUAGACAGAAAGAGGCAACUCUGUUUUUUCUCGGCAAAGAUUUAGCCAGUGAUGAAAUAGUUUAUUAUGAAGAACUACACAGUCGUCACAAUGCUGUUUAUUUUAAUCGAGAUCAAAUUUGGGAGGGCCGCAACGUAGUGAAUAAACUGCAGCGAUUGGAAGGAACGCUGGUUGGGGAUGGAUUAGAAGUCCUGAUAAACAUUGAAACGAGGUCCGGAAACAUUGAGACAUUAACUGUUCCAACGUCUAUGCCAAUCGGACGGAGGUCACUGUGGCAGAAGAGGGUAUUUUUCUAUCUUGGAUUCACAUGGGCUGGGCCAAAAGCAUUUGACGUAUCAUCAGAUGAUCGUCAGAAUCUCCUUGGAAAAUCGGACACACCUAAGGCUGUUUUGCCGCCCCGUGUCCGGGACAAGUCAGCCUACGCUCUUGAACGAGGUAGGGAAAAGCCAACCUGCGGUCUCGAUCCAACCACGAAAAUAGAUGAAAUCCGCCAGAAGUUAAAAAUGAUUGAGAAACACAAGUCCAAGAAAAAGAAAACUCCGAAGCAGGCUAAAGAAAUAAGUCAGGAAGAGGAUUUGAAAAGGGAAUUAGAAACCUUGCUUCAACGAAUGCAGGACGUGUUUGGAAACUGAUAUGAGAAAGUAACAUGUAAGAUUGGCAGGUCAACCUCUUCGAAUCGGUUGUGUUGAUAAAUAUCAUUACAUUACAAGGAGCAUUGAUCCAGCAUCAAGAGUAACCAUAGCAAUCCCGCGUGUUAGUUGAAUGCAUCAAAUUGUUAAAAAAAAACAGUUGUGUAUUUUGUGCUACAAUGCCUGUUCUGGAUAGUCUUACAAGCCUGCUUCAUCUUUUAUAUGAUGUACUUAGUGUCUUGUAGAUAUGUUGUACAACACUUUUAUACACAAAAGCAGGAAUUGACAAUUGUCCUCACACAAAUUAAGAAUAAACCAUGAUUUUGAUAUAAAAAAAAUCAAAAAAAAUCUAUCAAUUAUUUCGAAUGAACGAAAAAAUAACAUAAUAGAGAAAAUAGAUCGAAAAAUAAAUUAUUUUUAAAAUAUUACCUGGGUAGAUAUUACUAGUAUUUUGGUGACCAUGUCCAUUUUCUGUUUGUUGACAUCUGAACAUGUAUAGACAUAGAAAAACAAAAUUUGUGGAGGCACCUACCGGACACAAAGAUGCUCGUUUAACGUGGUAGAUGACAUAAUUGUGACGAUAUCUGAAAAAGGGUUCGUCAAAACUGAUAUGAUAAGAUGUCACAAGUUUUGUAAUUUUUUUAAAUCUACAUUGUGUAAUAAGACAAUUUGUCUUUCCUUUUUCAGUAAAAGGUUAUAAACAUAUUGUGAUAAUUAUUCGGUGUUUAAAAGACAACAUGGCUAUUUUUUAUGUUUCAUCUUCUACCUUUUCAAUCGUUCUGUACACCCAUCCUUCUGUACAAUAUUUUGCCUAAACUUUCAGGUUAGCUCCAUUACUUUAAUCCUAAAGUCAAAUAUUCGCCACAAUUUAUGUAUAAAUACAUCACGAGGAGUAUCACAGUAUUACAUCAAAUAAAGGUCAGUGUGCCCCUUGUUUUUCGCUCCUCUGAUUUUAGUUAACUUUGCGUUUAGUAUUCACCAAAAUUCAUAAUACUUUACUAUGUAUGUUUAACGUCAAAAAUAUAUUACCUUAAAAUGUCAUGUGGCAUUGUCCAAAUAAAACUGCAAUUUAUUUCCGGUUUCCAGUAUACAUUAAUGCUGAAAUGUGCUAUUUUUCAUGAGCGAUGUUCACAUAAUCCAUGGCAAUGAUUCACAUUCUUCAGCGAAAACUUCAUGUUGGUGAACAAAAAAUCCGAUACUGAAGGGAUUGAAAGCAUGCACCUUUCCUGCAAGACUUUUCCUCUAAUAUUAUUUCGACAACUGUUGCCUGUUUGUGAUGUUUAUUUUAUUUUAUUUAUUUUCUUAUUAUUUUUAUAUGCUAUUUUUUUCUGCUUUUUGCAAAUUAUGAGUGGCAUUUAAGAAGUAUACAUUAUGGCAAUGUGUGAAAAAACGUCAGUAAUACAGUUCGAAUUGUCAAUUAUUGAUAUGUUAUUUAAAAGAUUAAUUUACAUGUCACUUAUUGCGAUGUUUGCAAAAAUAUUGUCAAUAAGGUAAUGAACAUGAGAUUUUUGUAAUAUGUGUGAAAAUAUUGAACACUCUUAUGAGCACAUACAAUAAGAUGAAUUGUCUAUUCUUAAUGAUUAACUUAUUGCGAUGUUUGAUAAAAUAUUAUCAAUAAAGGUAUGAAUGUGUCAAUUAUUGUGAUGUUUCAUGUAAAACAACGGUUACAUAAAUUGAACUAUACAUAUUAAUUAAUUUACAUGUCAUUUAUUGUGAUGUUUGCAAAAAUAUCACCAUUAAGGUUAUGAAUAUGUCAAUUACAUAUGUAUUUUGAUAUUUGUGAAAACAUUUAACAAUAACAUUUGGAUGUCUUAUUUUCAAAUUUUAAGAUGAAUUUGUCUAUUCUUAAUGGUUAAUGGACAUGUCACUUAUUGGGCUGUUUUGCAAAAAUUAUCAGUAAGGUUAAGAAUAAGCAAUCGGAAGAUAAAUUGUAAAUUAUUGCGAUACUAUAAUCCUUAUUAAUUAAUCGACAUGUCACUUAUUGCGAUGUUUGCAAAAAUAUUGUCAAUAAGGUUAUGAAUAUGUCAAUUUUUAAAGAAUGAUUACGGGGAAUGUGUCGCUUAUAGUGAGGUUUACAUAUCAGUAAGAUCAGUUGAAUUUGUCGGUACUGAAUUAUUUUAUAUUGUAAUAUUAGUGUGUGCGUUUGGAUGUUUUAACGUAUGCUUGUAGUAUUACUGUUUCCUUGAAAAAGGCAAAAAUGUCAACCCGAAAACUCAUCAUUUAGUCUGUCUACCUUUUGUAGUCAGAGUAGUGGUUUAUUUGUAUAAUUUAUGUAUCAAUGUUAUUGUGAUUACUGCUAUUUAUAUAAGUUAAGAGCAAAACUUGCCGAAGAGAAAUUUAUUGUUUUACACCUGAAAUUGAAUAUUCUGAAUCGUACUUGCCAGUGGUUUAUUUGAAUAAUUGAUUUAUCAAUGGUACAGUGAUUACUGCUAUUUAUAUUGAGUAAGAACCAAACUUGCCGAAUUGAAGUAGUGUUGUACGACUGAAAUUGAAUGUAUCACAUUGUGCAAAGUUCUAGUCCGGGGUUCGAACACUGGCACUUUAGAAUGUGGUACUAUCGAUCUAACCAGCUGAGCUACCUUUCCAACGGAACUGUCCUAGCCCAAAAUGUGCUACUGAUAUAUCAAAUUGGAAGUUAAUGGGAGUUAACUGUAUAUUUCAGUAGGAUUUCAACUCAUGUGUAUCUCAAAUUAUAAAACGUGUUACAAGAAUCAAACUUGUUCAAUCACAUAUAAGCUUUAAAUAUAAGCUAGUUUCUGGAUUUAUAUUUCAAUGCGUAAAUAAGUCACUCGAUAUGGCGUGACUACCCUUGUAUUGGUGCUGAAUAAUGGUUUUGUUUUUAAUCAAUGUAAUAUCCACUAUGGCCGUCGUGGCCUUGUUGUGAUUGUAUAUAUGUGAAUUUAGUUCCAAAUUACUUUCAAAACAGUCAAUGGCAUAAUGGAAAUAUAAAAUGCAUAAUAUGUUGAAAGGUUUAUUUAUUGAAAUGUAGUGUGCUGCUUUGAUUACCAAAUGUCUCAAUAAGCAUAAUGAUGUACUGUGAUGAAUCGAUUUUUCCUACACCAAACUAAAUAAUAUACGGUUAGUGUUUAUGAAAUGGCAAAUAAUUGAUUGCAAUGGUAAUGUGGUGUUGAGAUAGGGUUUGAGGGUUUUUACCGAAAAGGUACCACUACAACACUUUCAAUCGCGAAGAAUAUUUCCACUACAGGAGUAUUCUCCCUUUUAUAUAA